AUGCUAAGGAGCCGGGCCGCCGCCUGUCAGCGGGUUAAAGAUGGAGCCGGCGGCCGGAGGGCGCCACGAGGUGCGGGGUGGUCCUUGCGGGAGGCUCGGGUGGACGGCCGCCCGGACCUCUCUCCGCCACCUCCCGAGACCUGCCGCGGCCCGGGGGGAGGAAGGGGCGUCCGCCGCGCACCCGAGCCGCCGAAGCCCCCGAGGAUGGAGGUCCUGGACGAGUUCGACAGCGAGUUCCCCCAGACUGUGACCUUCUGCCAGCUCAUCUCCGAGGAGGACUUUGAGAGGCAGGCGGCGACCUACACGGAGCGCGCGCUGCGCCGCCUCUUCCGCAGUCUCGACCGCAACCCGGCGCUGGCCGAGCGCGUGGUGCGCAGGGGCAAGCAGGCCGAGUGCGAGCGGCGCGGGCUCCUCUCCUUCCUCUGGGCCAAGGCGUCGUGUGCAGUCCAGGGGGAGCUGAACUGCUCCAACAGCAUGGGCGCCCUGGAGAUGCACCAGCGCUUGGAACAGCUGAAGAGACGCAUCCACCGCGUGCACCUCUACUCCCAGGACGCCAAGAAGAGGAGGAGGAGGCGGAGACCGAAGAACCCGGAACGCGUCGUCUUGCAGGACAGCUCGACUUCCUCAUGCCUGCCCCCAGCCCUGCCGCUGCCCACACCACCGCUGCCGCCUGCCGCCGCAACGGCCGCCGCAACGGCCUCCACAUUGGCCCCGCCACCCGCUGUCUACACUAUGCCCAGGGUCUUUGGCCCCUUCGCUCCGCUGCCCAGCACAUCGCUGGAGAAAGUGGAAGUUUCAAGGUCUGAAGUGAAAUUAAACUGGACUUGCCUGUCAUCAAACCCAAAGAGCCACAUGGUCGACCUGACCCCCCGGUCCUCAGUCCUGGGGGCUUCCACUUCUACCUGA